AUGGUGUGCAAGUCUUGUUGUAAAGAAGAGAAGAAGAAAAAAUAUAAGAGGGGACUUUGGUCUCCUGAAGAGGACAGUAUAUUAAGAAGCUAUGUUCUCAAAUACGGCCAUGGAUGCUGGAGCCAAGUUCCUAAACUAGCUGGCCUACAAAGAUGUGGAAAAAGUUGCAGGCCUAGGUGGAUCAAUUACUUGAGGCCAGGGUUGAAACGUGGAAACUUCUCCCUACAAGAACAAAUGAUUAUCAUCAAUACACAUGAAAUUAUAGGCAACAGGUGGUCUGAGAUUGCUUCGAUGCUUCCUGGGCGGACGGAUAAUGAGAUAAAGAAUUUCUGGCAUACCCAUUUGAAGAAGAGGCUCAAAAUGAAUAUUGUGGGCAGUGAUGGCAAUACCCACAAAACUCUUGGCGAGGAAACUUUGGUAUGUAGCAGCACAAGCACAACCAUGGAAGCAAAUGACCUGCAAAUGGGUUUUCUUGAUUCAAAAGACGAGCUUAAUUUGCAAAGCUCAACACCUAGACUUCCUGUGAGGCCUACAAUGCCAUUUACUACUGAGUGUUCAACAAUGCAAUCACAAAUAGGAUUUGAAGAUGUCAAGCCCAAUCCUGUGUCCAAAUGCUUGCCAGAAGAUUGUUCUUUUCUAGGUGUUAUGUUUUCCCAAUGGUUGUACUCAGACCAGAAGGAAACUUCCACCAUUGACAUGGCUUCCAAAACAUUAGAAAUCCCUGAAGAGUACCCACAAUUCACAACCAACUCAGAAAAUUCCAGCUGCCUAAGUUACCAAUCAGAGUUGCUUGCAAUGUCAGACGAGUACCCACUUUCAAAAGAAAUGAAGCACAUUACAAGUUCAGAAUUCACCCCAGGACAACAUGGGCCAAGUGCAAACUUGCCCCCUUCUGAUAGCUGUCUGCCAUGUCAUGAAACUAUUCUCUGCAACGACCUCUCAACAACUUUGGAAAACACAAAUAGUAUUAACUUUGAUGAAUAUUGGGAUAUCAUGAGCCACAAUGAGGUUGAUUUGGGGAUGCAUUGUGACUCUAGUUUGCUUGAGAUCUGCUCUAUGCUGGAUUUGGAUUUGAGCUGA